GGUGUUCUACCUUCUUGUAGGACCAUUGCUCAUCCGUUGAAUCGACGAACCAAGUUUUGAGUUGGCGGCAGGUCAUCGGGAUCGGGUCCAAGAAAGUCGCUGCCGAGGCACAGAUUGCAUCAACGGCGGGCAUUGUCGCUGAUCAUAAUCCAACGACACGGAAAUACUUCAACGGCUUUUUUUUUCUUUUUUUUUGUCCUUGUCAACACGGUGACCCGUCGAAGAGACACAAGUGCCAUGAUUAGUAAAUAUAUAUAUUUACCGGGCAGUUCUAUUUGUGACGAUAUAUAUAUGGAUAUAAAUAUAUAUAGAGCAGUCGUUUGACAUUCGCAAAGCCCAUUGGCAAUCAUUUGGAACUCCCAAAGGCCAUCGGCACCAGAUUUUGCCCCCUUAAUCAAAUCUAUAUAUAGCAGCCAAUAAAUCCAAGCAACCGAAGUUUCACCGCAACAACAACAAACGAAGAAUCACCGAAGUUUCACCGCAACAACAAACCAAGCAUCACCGAACUUUCAGCGAAGUAUCACCCAAGAAGAAACCAACCAAGAAGAAGAGGAAGAAGAACAAGAAGAAGAAAGAAGAGGAGGAAGAAGAAGAAGAAUGGGUCUGAAGAGGGGUUUAGGUCUUCUUGCCAUCCUCACCGUGGCAGUGUUCCUAGCUGCGGUAAUCAGUCACCCUGCCUACGUGGACCAAUCAAGGGGUAAUAAUGACUACGUGGACCAAUCAAAGGGUAUUAAUAGGGUCAUCAUGCCUAAUCCAAGGCAACGUUAUAAUCGAAAGAUGGCGGCGACAGUGAUUGCAAACGAAAACACCGACGUGGUGGUGGAUGAUUGGACGUCAGCGACCCGCCAGCUAUCAGAACCUGAUGCCGAAGCUGUAGAGUCGGAGCCAGCUCCUGAGUCAGACUCGAUCCCGACUCCCCUAGAUAAUCAGGAAGACGACGAUGGUACUCCAAGCUCAUCUCCCUCGACAUUGCCAUUAAGACAAGAGCCUGCAACGAACUCGUCGGGGGCACCUGUGGAGGAGGAGCCUGUGCAGGAGCCGCCUUCUGCCAUAGGCAGCGAGGAGACACUACGACCAGCGCCACCAUCGCCGCCGAUCUCUGAGGAGAUCGUGGACGACGAUGUGAUCUCGAAACCCAGCGAGGAGCCUUUGCCACCAGUGUCGGGAUCUGACGAAGACGUUCAGCCCUCCAAUGCCACCCAGAAUCCUCUACCCAUCAACGAGGCGCCCUCGUCGCCAUCCACAGUCGAGGGGGAGGAGGAGGUGGGGGAGGAGGGGGUGUCCAUCCCCCCAUCCACCCCCUCGGACGAGUGGUCGGAUAUUAUCAGCGAUGGACCGCCUACCCCUCCCAGCGACGAAGAGCCAGUCCCAAUCAGUGAUUGAUCUCCCGAUCCCAAUCAAGAUACUACUCCUGAUGUCAGCGCGACUCUUCUGAGGCUCUCCCCUAGCUUCCUGUGUACUUCAAGCGAAGCGCCCUAAAGAGGAGGAGGAGGAGGUGAAGGCUCGGAAAUCGAGUCAGAGAGGGGUGAGAGUUGAAUUGCCAAAAAACAAAUCGGAAAAAAAAAAAAAAAAAAAAAAAAAAAGGAAUUAUGAUAAAAAUAUAUUAAUAAUUAAAUAAUAGGAAAGUUUUGGGAAGCGGAAAAAAAACCACCCCCGAGGGGGGCCCACAUCCCAUUUCCUUUUUUUUUUUUUUUUUUUUUUUUUGGGGGGGGGGGGGGGGGGGGGGGGGGGGGGGGGGUUGUUUUGUAUGUCUUGCUCGUUGAUGGCCAGAGUGUGUGCGCUAACAACUGGGACUUUUUUGGGAUGCAUCUGACUGCAUUUUUCUGCCCAGGCGUGGCUGUAUCUGACCGCAAUUACGUCCAGAGCUGAGUAGAAAAGGUCGGUAACACCUGGGACUUUUUUGGGAUGAAUCUGACUGCAUUUUUCUGCCCAGACCUGCGUGGGUGUAUCUGACCGCAAUUACGUCCAGAGCUGAGUAGAAAAGGUCGGUAACACCUGGGACUUUUUUUGGAUGCAUCUGACUGCAAUUAUGCGUAGACGUGGCUGUAUCUGACCGCAAUUACGUCCAGAGCUGAGUAGAAAAGGUCUUACACUAAGUGCGAGUAAUCUAUAUGCCCUGAGAGUGUCAACUCGAGGAGGUUCAGAAUGGAGAAACCGUUGUUAAAAAAAAAAAAAAAAAAACGGAAUGGAGAAACCACACGCAAGUUGGACCUCGCCCCGGCUGAGGCUGGCCCCCUGGCAUACUCGUAUCAAACUAACAACUUCCACGUGCGUAUCUGCCCUGAAAUACGGUCGGAUUCACUCUAAAUAAUGGUCUGGAGUGUGAGUAUGCGCUUAGCAAGCAUCUCCCUUUUACGCCCUGCUGUUCCUGUUGAUCGCAGUCUGGGUUCUGCUGGACCUACGUGGUGGUCCCAGGUCGGGACUCGCUCAGCCUGGCUGUUCCUGCUUUACCUUGUGCUCUCUACCUAGUCUAUCAUGAUCCUCCUCCUGACUCGGUCCUGGCCGGGAUCCCCUCCUCCAUUGGAUUCACACCUGGUCCAGGUUCAUCCAGGUAGGCCGUUCGAAUUGCAGUUCAUCAUUCCUGGUCCAUCCAGCUCUGAGCCAUCGUUGGUCGUCCCGACUGGGAUCGGGACUCAAUGAGUGAGUCAAGUUCCGCACCUACAUAGCGGUCCCGACUCCCUAGUCGGGACUCACUCGCUGUUCCUGGUCUACCUGAAGUGCUCUGCACCUGGUCUAUCAUGAUCUUCUCCGAACUGCGCCUCGCCGGGAGAGAGAGAGAGAGAGAGAGAGAGAGAGAGAGAGAGAGAGAGAGAGAGAGAGAGAGAGAGAGAGAGAGAGGAGUCCUAAGUCGAGAGUCAGAGUUUGAAUACGACUGAGAGAGAAAUUAGAGAACAAGGGAUUCUGAGGGGUGGUUGACGUGGCAAAUGUUUUUUUUUUUUUUUUUUUGGUGGAAAACAUUUUAAGACACGGACACUUAUAUAUAAUAAAUAAAUAAAUAAAUAAUGGAUUA